AUGCAGACGAUUAAUAAGACCAUGGUUAUGGUCUUUUUCUGCCUCCUCGUUUUAAAUAGUUUUUCAGAAGCUGAUUUGAUUGACUCUACUUGUAAGAAAACUUCUUUUCCUAAUCUUUGCCUAACCACUUUAAGAUCAAGUGGUGUUAGUGUUAAAGCAAGUGUGAAUGAGCUUGUCAUUAACAUAUUAAAAGCAUCUUUGAGUUAUGCAUCUGAUAGUAGUAAUCAGAUAAACGAUCUACUUAAGAAAGCAACAGGAGGAUUCCAAAAACAAUGUUUGAAGAUUUGUGCGAAAAAUUAUGAUGUGGCAAUUUCUGGUAUACGUGAAGCAAUUCAAGAGAUAGGUCGGAACGAAAUAUCUAUGGCUCAAUCUCCCAUUAAUUCAAUAGACGUUGAAGCUCGUAAUUGUGACAGUGCAUGCAAACUUAGAAUUAGUAUACCAUUUAGUGUAAGAAAUACUAUGUUAUCACAUUUUGCAACUAUAAUGUUAGAGAUACUUAAAGGUUAG